UCCAACCAGCAGGCUAUCAUCAGUCACCUGAUUUGAAGUGUUACAGCACACAUUUAAGACCGGCGUUGUUACCUAUGUUCUUUUACAUCUCUGAAGUUAUUCGUGUACGUCACCAUCCAAUGGCAAACACGUUCUCACAUCAUCUCUUGGUCCUCCAGCGGCUCUACCUUCUUGUCGCGGCACCAGCCUUCGUUGUCUGGCUGUGAACUCUAACCUCAGUGGUCGGGAAAUGUCAGAGAGAGGCCCGUGCUGCAGCAAGGGGGCGUUUAAGGGAAAAACAAUAGCCUUUAUUGUUAUAUAUUUAAUAAUAAUCCUUUUUUUUGGAUGCGCAAAUAUAUUAAUCAACGCAAAUCAACGAUUCUCCAUUCUCGUCCGCUGACAGCAAGCGCGCGGCAGUAUUUGCAGCCUUCAUCUCGUCUCGUAUUGAAAUCUUGGCCAAACAUGAGAGGGGGUACUCGACACCUCAGGGAAAUGGUUUUCCAACAAGAGGGCUCCUUCCUCGCCAUGACCCCCAGCAGAGAACUCUGGGAUUGACAGAAGCAUCACUCCCACUGAUGGCCUGGUGUGGGUUUCAGCUGUCCUGCUGAAGCUAUGGGGAGCUGUUGGAGCUGUCUAUACAGGGACUCCAUUCAAGACAACCACCCCAACAAGUUCAAGGUGACCAAUGUGGAUGAUGAGGGGAACGAGUUGGGCUCGGGAACUAUGGAGCUCACACAGACAGAGCUCAUCCUGCACACACGGAAAAGAGAUGCCAUCCGGUGGCCCUACCUCUGUCUCCGGCGCUAUGGCUAUGACUCCAACCUCUUCUCCUUUGAGAGUGGGAGGCGAUGCCAAACUGGACAGGGAAUCUUUGCAUUCAAAUGCUCACGUGCAGAGGAGAUCUUCAACCUACUGCAGGAACUCAUGCAGUGCAACAGUAUCAACGUGGUGGAGGAGCCGAUGCUAAUGACCAGGCCAGCACACACACCUGAGAUAGACAUGUCACGAACACCACAAACACCCAAUACUCCAGCAUUCCCAGUUCAGGGCUUUCCCAAUGGAUAUCCAGGCUACUCAAUCAGCGGUGACUCAUCUCAGCCCUCUCUCAAUGACGACCAUGGACACAGCCUCAUGGGUUUAGAUGAUCAGGCUCACACCUAUGUGAAUACUGUUAAUGUGGAAGGGGAGCUCUCCAGUCGACAUUGUGUACACUCCCUGCCUGAGGUGAGGCCCAGCUCUUUUCAAGACAGCGGGUGUGGUGGUCCCUCCACAGGCCCAGCCAGCAUGCACUGCUGUGGGCCGCUGGAUGACCACAAAGACCCUCAGGUCUUCCUACAGCCGGGCUCCCAAGAGGUGAAGUUCAUGCUGGGGCCAACGCCUGCCCAGCGUCACCUGCUGGAGCGGGAUCAGCAGCGCCACUCUCACCAGCUGCCCCCUCACGUCAUGCGCAGCGGCGGCGGCGGUGGUGGGGCCGAGACCAGCUCAGGCACAGAGGGUGAGGAGCCCCCUUUACACAUGUGUAACAAUCACUCAUACCACCACUACCACCAUCACCUGAUGCACAUGCACCCGGAGAGCUGCUCCGCACCGCCCAGCCAGCUCACCUACGAGAACAUCAACGGGCUGCGCGGCUCGCUGAGUUCCGCUGGCCGGCGCCAGCGCCUCAGCCCCAGCAGUGUGUCCCAGUCGCUGGGCUCCAGCAGCAGCAGCAGCACGGGGGACAUGCACCCCCACUCGCUGCCCCUGGUGUCGCACGCUCACCCUUCCUCCGCCUCUCUGCCCCACCCGCUGCCCCCGCAGAGCUACAGCUGCGAGAGGGGGGGCCACCGGAGGACGGCGCUGCUCAACUACGAGAACCUGCCGUCUCUGCCGCCAGUGUGGGAGUACCGUGCACUGCAGCGGCACGAGGACGAGGACGACGAGGAGCAGGACGAGGACGAGGAGGAAGAGGAGGAGGAGGAGGAGUACGAGGAAGAGGAAGAGGAGGACGAGGAGGACUUUGAUGAGUACGAGUUCUCCGAGGGGCCUGGCACACCCAACGGCUACCACCAACAGGAGGCUGGGGUCCACCGUGACGCCCUGCAGAACUACGUGAACACCGACCAGAUGCAGAUCCCUGCACCCCCGCGCCACGCCUGCCCCCCCCACCUGCCACCCCACCCACAGAGGCCCUGCCAGGCCGAGAGGGGCGGGCGGAUCUUUGGCUUCCCCCACCUCCGGCGAAGGUCUGGAGGAGGGGGCAGCGCCAGGGGCGGGAGAGGCAGCUGUGAACACGGUCACAUGCCACCACCACCAUCCCGCCAACUCAACUACAUCCAGGUGGACUUGGAUGGUGAGUCGCCAUCAGUCUGUCAGGGGCAUGGGGCUGGGGCAGCUGGCGUGGGCCCUGUGUCCCAGCGCUCCCUGGCUCACAAGAGAGGCAUGGCAGCAUCGGCCUCAGGCCCACCCCCACCGCGCCGCAGUGAGUUCUACGCCGUCAUCGACCUGAAGAAGACGGUGGCCAUGUCCAACCUGCAAAAAGCCCUGCCGCGUGAUGAUGGAACCUCGCGAAAGACUCGCCACAAUAGCACUGACCUGCCUCUGUAGGACUGGGAGGAGAGGGAGAGUGUGAGUAAGGCGGCUAUUAAAAGUUAACUCAAAGCGCUCCAACACUAAUGUCUGUGCAUUAUCGCCAUGGAGCAGUUUAGUUUUUUCCUCAUGUUUAAUACCUCUUCCACCACACCUUCAUUAUAAAUAAAGGUUACACAAAGGGUCCUUGCUGAACACUACUGGAUGAGAUAAUGUAGCAUGACGGGGAAGGAUUUGUUAUUAGUUUUUUUUUUUUUUUUUAAAUACUUUAAAAGUCCUGUCUUGGGGAAUCAAUAUUCUACUGAAUGGCUUGUUCAAAGCUGAGGAUCUCCCAACUCCAUGUAUUUAAGAUUUUGUUUAGCUCCUUGAGGACAGUGUUUACAAUUUUUCACUCAAAAACAAGUACUGAAUCAAAACGUAUCCUCUACAGUACCAUAAUUAAACAGGAUGUAGCAGAAUCCUUAUUUUGUGUACCCACGUCUGGCCUAAAUUACAAUCAUAUCAGAGAGCAUGUACUGAGUUCAUUUUAGUGAACAAUUUGAAUGAAAUCGUUAACAUGCUUCUCUGGGUAGGUCUUUGGGUUAGUGUCAUCUGCCUUCAAUACAGAAAUUAGAAAUUGCACAUUAUCUUCCACAAUUGUAAUGAAACCUCCUCACACACCAGUAUAAGGCUAAAUUUACAUUGGCAUGCUGGAUUAGUGGAUGGCCACAUUUAUCAGUCAUAUUUGUUUCAUAAUAAGGGAGCAACAUAAGUAAUAGGUUUCUUGGACUUACUGGUUAUGUAAUGCAUAUUUAGGGUGCAUCAGGUUGAGUAUAACAGUCAAGGUACAUAAGUCCUAUGACUUUGGUGAUGUUCAAAAGAGUUUGGCCAUGGAGUAUUUUUACUUAUCCUGUGAAGAGCAAGGACUGUUUUUGUCUAGAGUCCUAAAAUGCAGGAUGUGCCAUACUGUGAUCAUGCCUUGCUAAAAGCUCAAACCUUCAGGCUUAAACCUUCAGAGAUAAUGCUGCUUGUAAACAAGGAAACAAAGAUGGCUCAUGUAUAUACUGUAUGAGAAAGAGAACAUAUCCUCUGAGACGUAUAGCAUAGUAAGACUUGAUAAGAUACUGCCAGUGUUUGAUAUGUUUAUAAGAAGUGAUUGACAUCCCCUUAGAAAUGACCUCUUGAAAUAUCAUCUAUUACAGGGAUGGGAUAGGAGGGUAUUUAAAAAUCAUUCCAUUAAGUUUUUUUUACUUGACAGGACAGAUUUAUUUAUUAUUUAUUUACUUAUUUAUUUAUGUAUUUAUGUAUGACGUUACCUUUUGAACAGCAUUAAGCUCCAUUGUGAUUGUAAUCCAGACAAUCUGGAGACCAAAGUUUCACUUGUGUCAACAUCAUAAAUAGAUAGCCUACCAGCGGAGCUGAAUGUUUGCUCAGAAAAUAUACAGCAUGUAUGGAGGAGAUUUUUCUCUCACAUAUUGUUGAUGUAUAGUGCCAAAUUUGAAGUUGCUAAAAUAAACAUAAAGGACGUAAUUUAUAUUACAUUAAGAGAGGAUUUAACCUGAGGGCUACUAAUAACUUCCACAACAUAAAUGCAGCUCAGUCAAUUCUAACUGGGCACUUCCUUUAGCAGUCAACUUGGUCUAGUCAAAGGCAUUGACCAACUUCUGGUCAUGGGAUCAUGUUGCCCUGCUCUCCUUUCACAACGCGCUUGUGGCUAUACUUAGCAAAAGGAAAAAGCUCAAAUGUUUUUCUCACACAGUUUCCUGUUACACACCUUAUAGAAGAGAGAAAAUAUGAAAGUCCAGAGCAUUGGUAUGAUGUCCUUGUCAUCAUGGCCAAACCUUUCAUCACAUCACAGGAUCGGCUUGCCUCAUUGUCACACAAUAGUAAUGCAUAGCUUGCACUUCGACUUAUUUUAAUUUUUUUUUUUUUAAUUGACGGCUAAAGCCAGAUUCACUAAAGGGCUUUAGUGUGUGCAGAAUGUCAUAAAUGUGUCUAACCUACUUACACCUGAGUAGAGUUUCAUGUGAUUCUGGCCUCUGAUUCGAAUAACAUUUUGCAUAUUAAGCCAUGCUACAUGACAAUAAGGCCACGUAGAUAAUGCAGAAGAUGCGCAUUGCUAAUCUGUUGACUUAGAAAUAUAUAAGCUUGAAGAGAAGAAAAAUAUUUUGCCACUUUUCUGAGGGGGUAUAUUAAUUUCUAAACAUAUAUUUUUUAUGGUAUAGUAUGUUUUAAAGAGUGUUUACAUUUUGCAAUAAUGGCCAAUGAGAGUUAAUCAGACUGGAACCAGGUUGUCGUAGCAAUGUAAAAAUGGUUGUGCAGUGUUGAAAUUCCUCUGGAUCACACAUGUCUGAAUCAUCACUGACCUCACUCAGGCUUUUUGUGUUGAUAAAUAUGUUCUGUUGUGCUUCAGUUAAGCUUGGUUAAGAAAGAAUAGACCACAUGAUCUGAAUCCAUUUCUGAAGCAUACAAUAUUUACACUUUUACAGUAGGUGACUCAACUGUGCCAUAUUAGUGAUUAUUGCCAAAUACUGUUUUGGGCACUUAUGGCAUUACUGAAUGUUGAAAUCUAUGAAUCCAUAAGAACCAGAGUAGGCUACAUUUUCUUAAUGUGUGUGUUUACACUAGUAUUGUAGGUUUCACUUGAAUACUGAAUGUUUUUGAAGGUUUACAUCAGAGAGAAAAAAAACAUUUAAAGUUAUCAUCAACUGCUUUUACUCAACAUUUUAUAAUUUGUCAUUUGUAGUGUUUUGGCAUUUUUUUCUUUUGAUAUGCAUAGAUUGUAGGUUUUUAUGGAACCAUUGUUUUUAUGCUGAGGAUACCUCAGAACAUUAUCAGAAGCUGCCAGUGCCUACCAUUGUGUCUAUGUCCUAGCAGCAUCAACACCUGUUGCAUACCUAUAAUUAGCAUCCCAUUAGAAGACUAGUUUGUACUUCAGACUCUUCAAAGCAAUCAAUAGGUCAGCUUCUUUAUAUAAAAUAGCGUGACUUUCUCUUGUCCACAGAGAAGUUGAUUUUAACCCAACAGAAAUCAGUUUUAUUGAAGAAAAAAAAGAAUCCAUCAGCAAUUUGUUCAAUCAAGAGCUGUAUUAUCUUGAUUGUUACUUGCGGUUGAGUGAGUGCUGGUCAAAACAACUCUUUGGCAAACCUGGUUGAUUGUAAUGUACACUGAUGAUUCUGUGUGCCAAAUUUGGAUGAGAGCAAAGCCCAUAAAGGACAGACUUCACUGGGGACUAGUGGCUCACUCUCAUUGCUGUAUUUUCCCCCCAGAGUAUGAAUGUAAUAAACAGUAAGACCACCGUGUGCAAGUGGACACUUGCACUCAUAUGUUUCUAUCCUUGCCAUGAAAAUAACAAAAGAUAAAAAGUGGAAGUGUUAUCAUUGAUGUUUUGUCUCUAAACGUUUCAAAAAGCAGAGAAAUUGCAGUUUGUUUUCUUUGUAUACAGUAUUUACAUUUCUUCUAUGUAUGUAUUUCUGUGUAUGUACAUACAUAUAUAUAUAUAUAUCUAUAUAUAUCGACAUAUAUAUGUGGGUAUGCGGUGACAGUCUGCUUCUUGUAUGUUUCAUUUGGGAAAGGUGAAAGGGAAACAGUUCACAUUUGCCACUGCGGUUAAACACGGGCACAGGGGGAGACAGAGUAGAGUGAGUGAGUGACAGAAUGAGGAAGGAUGACAGUCGAAGAAUUUAUUAAUUAUUAUUCUAUUGGUUGAAGCAUUGCCAUGUCACUUUGCAGAAAGCUCCUUUAGUAAUAUUGUCAUUUUAUCAACCUCCCCCUUUACUCCCCUUCCCCAAACAAAUCAGGCAUGCCCUCUGGUGAAUGCUAUUUUCAGUUCUUUACACCUUUUGAAUCGUAAAGGCUUGUACAAUUAAAAUGAAUGUGAUUCAAUGUAUUAUGUCAACAUUAAAAUAAUCAAACUGUAAAGAGAUAUUUUGAUUACUAUUUCAAUCCAAAGUGGAUUUUUACACACUGUUUUUCCUUUGGAGGAAAAAAAAUCGCAAAUGCUGCCUGGUUAAGACAUACUUUCAACUCACCUAACGGAUGAACAAUUUUACCAACAAUGUUGUUGCAUACUCAAAAGAAAAUAGGUUAUUAAUUUAGAUUUUGCCUAAAGUUAAAUGCUAUUUUUUUUUUCAGAUUUGCUGUAACAGUUAGCUGCUGGAUAGCAAUUUAAGCAUGAAUUCAACUGUGUAGGAGUCUGGCUUUUGUGGACAGCAGAAUGAGAAUGGUCUUAAAAAUGCUGUUUUUGCAGGAAGCUGUAAAUAUCCCUCACAAGGUAGUCGUGUCAAGUUUUUGUCUUUCCAUCUUCGUAUCCUUUUUAUUUUGUUUAACUGAUUUUUGAUAAUGUGUCAUUGUGAUCAACAAACAUAUUAAAAUGAAAAUAAACUUU